CGGAUUACAACUGGAGCAGAGCUUGAGCCAGGCUGAAGCUCACAGAGAACCUGGAACUGUAACACGCCACACAAAGUUCUUAGGAAAAAGCGUCACAGAAAAUGGGAAGUACAAUUAUUAGUCAAAGACUUCAUGUUGGACUGCAGCAGCUCACAGCUUUGGCGGCUGUCACGCAUUCCUUUUUGGGCCCCAAUAAAAACCACAAGUUUAUUCAAGACGAGUCUACCGGGGAGUCGUCCUUGGUGUGCACAUGUUUCCGUGUCUUGGAGCACUUAGACCUGACCUGCUCUGUAGGUCAGCUGGCCAAUGAGACAAUCCAAGCUCACCAGAAGGUCUUCCACUCAGGUGCGGGGUGCCUGCUAUUUAUGGCUGGGGUCUGGAGCAGGGCUGCCCUCGAAUGUCUCCACAGAGGCAUUUCAAUCCCACAUAUUGUGUCAGCCAUGUCUGAAGGGCUGGAUAUAUGUUGCGAAGUCUGCAGGUCAAUCAGUGUGUCGAUUGAAGACGUUCGACCAGUUGCUUCUGAUAGUGGCACACCAGUACUCCAGGGCUCUCCACACACAGUGUUACGUAACCCUGUCACAGGGAUGAACUCUAGCCAUGGGGCCCUUAACAACAAGAAACAAAGCAGAAUAAAACUCACUCACAGCAGACAUUUUUGUGCAAAUGAUAAAGCUGAUGAGAACACCACACCAGGGUUAUUUUCCCAUGCAGUGAGUUCUAAAGGAGUUGAUAUUCCUCACCUCGCUGAAGCUGUGAGCCAUGGAUGUGUGGCUGCAAUGAGCUUAGUGGUUGAGGUGAGCAAGAUACAGUCAAAGAACAAUGGAAGUGGUGACAGCUGUAGAACAUUUGAUGUCAACAAGCUGGUAACGUGCACUCUGCCAGGCUUGUCAGAGGACCAUUCAUGUGUUUUACCAGGUUGUGUUAUUCUGCUCUCUGCAGAGCAGGCUUCCCUUGUACAUCACAUGAAAGAACAGAAGUGGCAAGUUGUUCUCAUUAAUGGAGAUCUCAGUGAAAAAUAUCGCCAUCUUGGUUUCAAUAACAAGAAUGACAUCAGCCAAGUGACCGACAAGUUGGACUUGAAAGGCCUCAGCAAAGAAGAUGAUUGGGAAGACAAUGUUUUAACAACUCUGUUGAAAAACAAUGUGAAUCUAGUUUUAGUCAAUGGAGAGGCGAGUGAAAGACUCACCCAGCACUGCAUGAGUCACCGUAUACUUGUGGUUGAGAGGGUGAAGCCUGACAUUUUGAAGGACUUUGCAGAAACAACAGGAGCUGUCCCUGUCACCUAUGCCACACAACUGAGUAAGCACUGUGUCGGCACCAGGGUAGAAAUCUCCAUAUGGAGAGACUGCAGUGGCAACAGAAGGAGAGCAUCAAUGGCUGUGAACAUUGUCGCUGAUCGCACUGCGCUGGUCACAGUGGUCCUCACCACCUCUGUGCACAGCAAGCUGCAGACCUUGGAGGACUGUUUCUGGGGCUGUGCCUAUCGCCUACACCACACACUGAAAGACAGGAAACUACUCCCCGGUGCUGGAAAGACUGAAUUGCUUUGUGUUCAAACCCUUCAAAAGCACAUUAAAGAUAAUGGUGAGCAAACACCACAAGCUAAACAAGGAAGAGCAGGAAACCCACACAGGGCUGAUGUGUUUCAACUCAUGGCAGAUGGUUGGAUGGACUACAUUUCCACUCUGAUGUUGAACAGUGGAACAUGUUCAAAAGUGGACGCUUGGACUACAAUCAAUCAGCAGCUGAAAGAUUUCAAUGGGGGAUUAUCUCUAGAUGCUAAUUUCUCAAGACUGCUAUUGAGAGAUGACACCGAGGAUGGUAUGAUGUCCCCAAAUAUGAAGCGCAGUGCAGGGAAGGUCUAUGACAAUAUGACAGUGAAGUUUGAAGCAUGGAGGAAAGCCUUGGAUCUUGUUUUCCUUGUGUUACAGACAGACACUGAGAUCAUUACUGGCAUAGAUCCUAAACAAGUGGAGGGGCAAUCAAAUGUUAUGGUGCUUUGAUCGUUUUAAGUCAACACAUUGCUGCUUACUAUCAUUUUUGUAUAUUAUCAUGAAAUGCAUAACAUGUCUAAAUGUGUUUUAUUCUUUGAAUCCAAAUAUACAGAAAAAUGAAUAAACUGUUGUAAUUUGAGGUAUAAUUUAAGUUAUUAGAGCUUGUCAGCCAUUAGUAAAUUGCACUGGCCCAGCAACAUUUUACCACAUGGGGGAGACAAAGGAUAUGAACGUUAAUCCAUUUCACAUGGUUUCCAACUCUAUGGCUAUAUCAAUAAACAUGUCAAAAUCCAGUCACAGAGGUGCUUGUGUGUUCAGAUCUCAGUAAAUGUUUUCGUGCUUAUCCCCAUCCUAGAAUUACAUGUAAAUCAUCUUACAUCCCACCUCGUGCACAAGUUAUAUUAUACGUUCCACCCAGAGCCAAA